AUGGAGAAUUCUGCACUUGCCCUUCAAUCGCACUCUGCCUCUAUUACGACUUUUAACGGACUUAACUUUUUAGAUUGGUGCGAACAGAUCAAAUUCCAUCUUGGGGUUUUAGAUCUUGAUGUUGCACUUUACUCUGAAAAGCCAACUGCUAUUACUGAAGCUAGCAGUGAUGAAGAAAAGUCCCAUUAUAAGCAUUGGGAUCGGUCUAACAGAUUAGGCUUAAUGUUCAUGCAAAUGAAUAUUGCAGGCAACAUUAAGACUCCUCUUCCCAAAACUGAAAGUGCAAAAGAACUUCUGAAACUUAUGGAGGAGUCUUCCCAAACUACUGAUAAGUCUCUUUAUAGGACACUAAUGGGUACUUUGACCAUCAUGAAGUUUGAUGGUUUACGUGCUAUGCAUGAGUAUGUCUUUGAAAUGACAAACAUAGCAACAACACUUAAGUCUUUAGGAAUGGAAGUGGAACAGAAUUUCCUUAUAUAG